AUGACGAAGUUUGGAACUAGUUUGCUUAUUUUGUUUUCCCUUCUUCAAGGAAUAGAAACGUCUAAUCAUUGUUACUUUGCACUACCAGAACAAAAUGCUAAAACAUUCUUGACGUAUGGGAGAAAACCAACCAAAGAUUGCUGUUAUGAAAAUAGAGAGAACAAAUGCGACUCAGAGCACGACCCAUGUUCCAGAGUGACAUCUCUUCUAUGUCAACAUGGCGGUACAUGCUUGAAAGAAGGUAAAUGUAAUUGCGCAGAUGGAUUUACAGGAAGACUUUGUGAAAUAGACAUAAACGAAUGCGAGAGCUCCCCGUGCAAGAACAAUGCUACUUGUGAAGACAGGGUCAAUGGAUUUCACUGUCAAUGUCCUCCGAAAAUAUAUGGAGUAUUAUGUGACACAAAUAUCUGUCACCCUACUCCAGCAGACGUCGUCUUUGUUUUAGAUUCAUCAGUGAGCAUGACAGAGGGAGAAUUCAAGAAACAGUUAGAAUUUGUGGCAAAUUUUAGCAAUACUGUUCCAAUUGGAAUCAACGACACACAAAUAAGCGUUGUUACAUUCUCGUGUGAUGCGCAUGUUGAGUUCUAUCUGAACCAGUAUGAAAAUAAGACGUCACUUUAUGACGCUAUUAAGAACGUAACCUAUAAACCAGGUAUAACCCGCACUGAAGAAGGCUUGAAAGUGGUAAAUCCAUUAUGA